UAAUAAGUCUUUAAUUGGUGUCCACCAGACCCAUCAACGCUUUGGCACGGACUUUAUAUCUCCGGCGCAUCAGCCACUGCGGACCACACAACAGCUCGGGCUAGUCGGGAACUGAAUAGGCGUGUUUUUUUACCCGUACGCGGAGGCCCGGCUUUUCAGACCACUCGCUAGUUUCGUCGCCAGCCCUUCGAUUUUGUCGCCUGGCUCGGGCUUGUCGCAGGUAUGAUGUACGAAGGAAGUGAAGACUACAUCAGCCAGCGGGCUAGGGCACACGCCUUUGCCCUUAACAGCAUUGUGCCGCCGCCACCUCGGAGUUUUCCGUACCCUGGACUGCCAAUGCAGCCGCCUAACCACAACGGUCUGUCCUUCUCAGAAAGGAGCUCCCAUUUUGGGGACUUCACCCCUCUCCCGGGGGCUAACGACCAUAAGUCGGCGGCCGCGGCCGCGGCUACCCAGCAGAUGAUGGCGGCAGCCGCCGUCAUGCGCCAGCCGGACCUUUCCGUGUCCAACUCCCCUGCCAAGGACAUCAAGGUCACGCUGGAGGGCCGCGAACUCUGGCAGAAAUUCUACGAGAUCGGCACGGAGAUGAUCAUCACCAAAGCCGGCAGGCGUAUGUUCCCCACCUUCCGCGUGACCAUGACUGGGUUAGAUUCCAACGCCAAGUACAUCCUGUUGAUGGACAUCGUGCCCGUAGAUGACACUCGCUACAAGUACCACAACUCGGAGUGGGUGGUGUCGGGAAAGGCCGAGCCGCACAUGCCCAGCCGGCUCUAUAUCCACCCGGACUCGCCGGCCACUGGGGCUGUCUGGAUGAAGCAGGUGGUCACCUUCAACAAACUCAAGCUGACCAACAACAACCUGGACCAGCACGGCCACCAGAUUAUCUUGAACUCGAUGCAUAAGUACCAACCGCGCUUUCACAUCGUGCAGGCCAACGACGUGUUCAGUCUUCGCUGGAACUCCUUCGUCACCUUCGCUUUCCCGGAAACAACGUUCAUCGCCGUCACUGCUUACCAGAAUGAAAAGAUCACUCAGCUCAAGAUUGAUCACAACCCAUUCGCCAAGGGUUUUCGGGACAACGGCAUGGCACGCAAGGGUUCCAGGUUAGCACUAAAGCGAACUACAGCCACCAAAAUAGAAGACCUGGACGAUAAAAGAGACUCUGACAACUCGAAGACAUCUGACCACGCUGUCCCGAAGAAGGAAAAGCACGAAAGCAACUCCUCCCCCAUUGGCUGCGACCUGGACACUGGGGGCCCCUCGUCCAAUCACCAGCCCCGAGACACGGCCGGUCGCGGCAUGGACGACGGGCUGUUCGGCUGCGACCCCCUAGGAGCUGGUGAGGGCGAUUUGGCACGGGUGGAUGAGCCGGGCACCUCGCACUGCCACAAGGGAGGGCUGGCCAAAUCCAGCGCCCCCAUGGGCCAUACCUUGCACACCAAGACGUCCAGGACGGGCAUGGGCGGCGGGACGGGCGCCCUCGGCGUCGACGCCGACGCCGGCUGCAACGAGGCGCGCUUGUCGGAUUACACGGGCACGACUUCCAGCGGCGUGGUUGAUCAGCUGUCGCCGUGCUACUCGCAGGACCACGGCGUCAUGACCGACGACCAAGGCAUGACCUCGGCGCAGCCGGCCACGGCCCUGGCCGUGGCUCAGCUGGCUAAGGACAGCAUGCACGGCCAGGACUACCGGUCGCUCUCCAUGUUCUCCGUGUCGAACCAAAAUCAGUGCAUGGGACAGAGUGUUCACCCUCUGCAGAGCACGUCCAACAUGUACAUGCAGAGCUGCGAACCGCACAUGUAUAAUUCGAGUGGGUACCAUCACCCCACCACCAUGUCCUCCAGCAUGGCGCACCUCCACGCCCAUCAAGCCCAGGCCCAUGCGGUCAGGCACCUCGCCGCCCAACAGAACAUCUCUGCGUGUAACGGCAUGACGUCACUCCAUGGGCCCUCACAGUUCCUCCACGGGGGUCACACUAGCACCUCUUCUGACGCCAUGGGACUUAAUUCUAAUGUUUACAACCAUUUCUCCAACCACUCAGUCAAGUUCCCUAUGUGACAUUACUGAUUUUACUGCCACAAACACCUCUAUGGCCUGGGCACCAGAUUGAGGUGGCGUCACAAAGCCUGUAACGGCCUAAACACAAAGCGUCCUACCUGGUACUCGGCCGGCGUCAUGUUGAAAUAUUUUGUACUCCAACAUUGCUUCACAAUGUGAAAAUUAAAAAGAAAAAAAAACGGAUUUGGAUUUUUUUCUCCUUAGCACGAAUAUUAUCAAAGCACUGAUUUAGUAUACUGAUCCACUGCCAACUUAUUUAUUGCAAUUUUUCUCUGCUAAACUCUAAGCCUUCACAUUUCUUUCCAGGUCGCUUUUCUUAAACUUCACUUAAACUUAAGCCCAAAAUUAAACUCAGUUGAAAAUAGCCACAUUCUUUUGUGCGUGGAAAUCAUGUGGGUGCACUACUUGAAUUCCUUGUUUUCCCAAUUAUCCCCUGCAAUGAUGCCAACGAAGGACGGGUUUUGCUGGAACAAAUCUGUUCAAAAUUAGAACCAAUUAUUCAAGGCACCAGUUUAUUGUCAAUUAUUUCUGGACCCCAAGGCUGUUCCGGGUCAUGGUGAAGUCGGGGUUUGGUCAUGGUUUUGAAUCCCAACGAGGUGCGAAUUGAUUUAUUAAACAAAACGAGCAAACCCGUCAAAAUCGUUCAUCUGCAGAAUCUGGUUAUAAUGGAACGAAAUGAAACUCCUUAUUUAAGAUGGAAUGGGGCAAGGCUAAGACAUUAAACUUUGUAGAAGUAGGCCUCUCCUAUUCCACAUAUUUUGCAUGAAAAUUAAAACACUGUUUUAAACGGCAGUGAAUGGAGUAAAAUAAUUUGACGUCAUUUUUUGAGAUGAUACAUUUGUUACCUUGAAUUUUGGCACAAUGUUGAUAAAUGGAAAACUGUCUUUCUGCCAAACAUAACUGCACAGCGGGGCUAUUCGACUAGCUAUAAACAGUUCAUUCCAUUUACUUUAUAACAAAUAUAUUCACUAUUUUAUCCAAUUUCAUAUUAAAUUGGUGCAGUUCCAUUUUACUUUUAUAUUGUAAGAAUUUGCAUUGUAGCAAGCUUUUUCUCUUAUUUGAAUUGAAAAGUCUGUUUUUUCCUGUUGAUAUAUUGUUCCUGGCUCAGUACAUAUUCGUGCAUUUGAGAUUUGUAUAUUUUGGCUGGCUAUUCUGUGAUCAUUUUGACAUAAGGGUUGUAUGUAUGUAACAUCAUUAGAGUAAAACAAGACUUAUGAUUGCUAUUAUUAUGACAGUUUAAUUAAGGCGAUUGAGACCAUCCCUGUGAAGGGUUCCAGUCGACCUAUCCGGACACCUUAUUGCUGCAUGUACAUUGUAAUUAUACUUACUGUUCUGUCCUGUUCGUGUGUCAUUCUGGCAAUCUUGUAGUGUUGAACUGUUUGGCAAUGGCCUAACAUCGCAGACGGUAACUGUCGAGGAACGAUCGACGCCCAAGAAAACUACAUACAGAAGACAUAAUUUACAUAACACCUCUUCUAUUUCGAUCAAAACAAGUUGUCGUUGUUUUGAAGGCCCCUUUCGAAGUUGUGAUUUGAUGACAGCUGUUCACGUGACUAUGUUUGACGAGAUGCGCCAAGGCCAACGCCAGGUCUCUAAAGCGUGACCAUAACUUGGAUGCUUCAAAUUAAUGCUGAGAAACGUUGUUUCAUGUUCAAACAAGACUACUUGAAUACCGGAAAGGCAAACACCUUUGUGCCGGAAAAAAAAGAUCACAGUAUUGGUCAGUACGGUAUUUGAGAAACUAGAAUUGCUUUUGGGAACUGUAUUUAAUUUAAAAAAAAGCCACGUUGGAAUUCAGGUUUGGGAGCAAAUCUUAUCCAUUGUACAAAAGAAAGCAAAAUACAACUCAUAAAAACCCUAUUUAACCAAAUUGACAUAAAUAAAAAAGUAAGGAAAUUGCACGUCGGUGUCGAUUGAGAAAGCCACUGCACGGCUGUUGCUUGGAGAUUUAUAAUUGCAGCUGCAUGUCCAAUACUGAACUGGAGGGAACAAAAACAUGAAUAUUCAAUUUGGAUGUUAAAUGCAUAAAGCCAAAAUCACAAAAUAAAAUGAUGACUUCAGAGACCACCUAAGUUUUACAGCAAGUGGGAGGAAAGUGCUCGGCCGAGAACUUUUCGAGUACUUUUCUCCUUAAAAUUAAUUUUACAAAACAGGGAGUGUUUUAUGUCAUUCACUUUGUAAUCUUGCCUUUGGGCAUUUACCAUCAAAUGUCCAAUAUUUUCGUAGCUUUGGUCCCUCCUAAACAGUUCAUUAUGUAGCACAGACGUUGGUACGGGAAAAGUACUCGACUACACUGGGUGUGUCUCUUAAGCCUGGUUCCAUAUGGCCGUUUGUAAACGCAGACAGUCCACAAGACGUGAGGACGCAGACACGAACGGAACAGACGGUGCAUGACGUCGCUCCGGUCCACCCAAAAAAUACGAACAAAAUGGCAAACUGCGGAAAAUAGCCUUUUAGAUUGCCAGUACCACCUCACAAUGGCACACUUGUACUCCAGUUUCGUACAUUUCAUUGAUGGUCAGCUAUUUAGUUGAUCAUAAGAAUGUAAUAGAGCAUUAGGGAGAAAGUGGGCAAAAUUUGUGGAACUAAGCGAGAGGGACAUCGUUGUAUGCCGGUCAUGCCAGCAAGCAUGUUUGCACGGGGAUACCACGUACGGCUAUACUCAACGCAAACAGUCGGCAAAGUUUAACCUGGUUCAGCUUUGCCAAUCUUUCGCAGACUGGUUUGCGUUUGUCUGCAUCGCCGGCGACACCUCCGUUUGGCAUGUUUCCAUUAUGUUCGCGUUACAGUUUGCGUUGCUCUUUGCAGUUCCUACGUCGAUAUGGGAACCAGGCUUUACGCUCACAAAAACCAGUACCGACGACACUUGGUACCACCUAUUACUGCUGACUCGCCCUAAUUAAUGCUUAAAACUUCAACUAACCCGUUAAAGUGUAGUAUGUUAUUGAGGGUGAUACAAAUCUUGUGCAAUUUUAUUGAAAAAAAAGUUUUCAUCUGUCGUUUUUGAUGACUGAGUAUACAUCUUGGUUUCUUGUUUUCGGACACUAAUAAUAGAUUGUCGAUUUUUUAUAGAAUGUAAUCAUUCGUUCGUAACUUAUUUGCCUAUUUUGAUUGUAAUGAAUCAAGGAGAUUUCUUUAUCAACCGCGUGUACAUACGCUUUCUUUAGUGAGGACGAGUCAAUUAAAACGUUGAGAUUGUAGAUAUACACCCGAA